CUGAGAGAGCCCAGAGCUUCGUAUUUGGGCCAUGCCAUUCCCUGACCCACCGCCAGACCUCACAGGUCUGCCAGUGUUACAAAGGAGGCCCCCACAUGCACUGGAAGCUCUCCUCACCUGUGUGACCACACUUGUGCCUGCAGGCCCUGCUGGUGAAUCAGCAGAACGGGAUCCUGUCCAUGAGCCUGAGGGGAAUGCUGGAGAUGUGAGUGGAGGAGGUGAUCCAGCUUCCCCUCUGAGCUCCGAGACCAAAACCCGGGCGGAUGGCAUGGAAGUGCCCCAGGGAGGGCUUUGCUCAGUCACUGGUUCGUUCCUGCGCUGGAGCCCAGGUCUGGAAAGGGGAAAGGAUGAAUCGGAAAGAGGAAAAUUCUCUGAGGAGUCUUACCAUCCAAAAGAACUGCUGAGGGGAACGGAAGUAGCAGUUCAUGGGAUGAAUGCAGGGAAGCAGCAAAGGAUGCAGGGAAGCACAAAGGCUGCUGCUGGCAGAUCUGUGCGGCAGCGCCACGUGGCAGUGGUGGUGCUGUUCUCAGCUGUGCUGCUGUCUGCGCUGGUGCUGGCCUGCGUUGCUGCGUCAUGGCCGUGGAAGGAAUGCCUUGUGUGCAAGGGGGGAGAGAGAGCAGCAGAACGAGCUCAUCCUGACACCGACUGGGAGGGAGUUCCAAGUGGAGAUGAAGGGAGAGCGGAGCUGGGAGAGGCAACGAGCGAGAUCCUUGCCCAAGCAAACAAUCUCAGCAAUAGUUCCAGUCCGUUCCGUUCUGCCAUCCCAGAGGCCAAAGAUCUUCAGAGUCAUCUGAAAGACCUGGAGCGUGAACUCCAAGCCAUGAAAGAGGUCCAUGGGGGCAGUGGUGAGUGCUGCUUUCUGUCAGAGGACGGCCCUGAAAGUGAGAGCGGAGGAUCAGCGGCAGAGCGUUUGUCCUUCACCCUCCGUUCCCCGGGACGAGUAUCACCAGUAGUUCGAAGGUUCUUAGCUCGCCACAGCUACGAUCCUUUUGAGGGUCCCAAUGAGGACCCAGAAAGCGAGCUUCCUCUGACCGCCGGGCAGCACGUUUAUGUCUUUGGAGAUGUGGAUGAGGACGGCUGGUUUCUGGGAGAGCUGACGGAUGGCACGAGAGGGCUGGUCCCUUCCAGCCUGGUGACAGAGGUUUCAGAUAAUGAGCUGGACACAACGAUGCCUCCAGAGCUCUGUGAUCUCCUGCUGGAUACGGAUGAUUGUGUCGAUGCAAAGAGUCCAUAAUGCAGCAACAUCCUGUCGCAAUUCUUGCCUCACUCCAUCUGCAAGACAACCCCCUGCUCCACUUGACGUUCGAGUGAAGUGUGAGCAGGAUGUGGAUGAGCUCCUCCUGGUUCGAUCUGAGAUGACUGGCAGUGCGACUGCAUGCUGUUAUUGUAUAUUAAAAAAUAUUUAAAAAACUAA